AUUGCCUUGGCUGCGUGUUGUAUAGAUGAGAUCUGGGAUAGCUUAGCAAGGCCUUGCUGUUGCUCUGGAGGAGGAAGGCGCUGAGCUCAAACUACGGAAGCUCGGCAGUGGGGUGGCUUUUGGCGGAUUCGAAGGUAAACCGGCCGGUGGGUCGGAGUUGCCAUGGUUACAGCAGUGCUGUGACCUUUGAGUCUCAAUAGAAGCCUAGGCCGCGGCUGGCAGCGGUGGUCGCAGUUGCGAAAGGGCGGCGGUUUAGAGUACGCCCCGCACUUGCUCGUUAGCUACUGCCUUGUUGCAAGGAAACACCCCUCGCCUUCACCGGUAUUGAAAGGGAGGUCUGCAAACCGGAGGGCUCGGCUCGCUGCUCCUCUUCGCCACCGUUGCCAGAGCCUUUAGAGGAAAGCUUCUUAGAAUGGGUCGCCGUUCAUCAGACACUGAAGAAGAGUCCAGAAGCAGAAGAAAAAAGAAACAUCGUAGGAGGUCAUCUUCAAGUAGCUCUUCGGAUAGCAGAUCUUACAGCCGUAAGAAAUCUGGAAGAAAAUCGAGGUCAAGAUCUCGAGAUCUUCAGUUUCACUCACAUUCAUAUGAAAAGAGGCGCAGGCAUCGAUCCAGCAGUAGUUCUUCAUAUGGAUCCAAACGAAAGCACAGCCGAAGCCGAUCAAGUGGUCGCGGGAAAUCAAAUAGGUCUCAGAGAUCAAGAUCAAAGAGCAGAACAAGAAGGUCACACUCGAGACCUCAUCAGCGUUCCUAUAGCCGAAGUAGUGAAAGGACCAGUCACCGAAGAACUCGAAGCAGAUCUCGUGAUAAAGAAAGACGUAAAGGCAGAGAUAAAGAGAAAGCAAGAGAGAAGGACCGGAUCAGAGGAAAAGAAAAGGACCAACAUUGCACCAAGACAGGGGAUGCUGGAAACAUCAAAACUGGAUUAGAACAUCUGUCUGCUGCUGAACAGGCCAAAGCUAGAUUACAGCUGGUUCUUGAAGCUGCUGCUAAAGCAGAUGAAGCAUUAAAAGCUAAGGAGAGAAGUGAAGAAGAAGCAAAGAAGAAAAAGGAAGAAGACCAAACCAGUCUUGUAGAACAAGUGAAACGAGUAAAAGAAAUUGAAGCAAUUGAAAGUGACUCCUUUAUUCCACAAACAUUUAGAUCAAGUAAAGAAGCAAAAAAGGUAACAGAACCUGUUGAAGUAAAGACUGAACCUGCAACUGUAGGAAUGACAAAUGCUGGUCUGAUUAGUAACGAAAAAGAAACAGUGACUUCAAGUAUACCUACUGCUAUCAAGUACCAAGAUGAGAACUCUCUAGCCCAUCCCAAUCUGUUUGUUGACAAGGCAGAAGCUGAAGAAAGAUGGUUCCAGCGGCUGAUUGCCCUUCGACAAGAAAGGUUGAUGGGCAGUCCCGUGGCCUGAGCUAACAGCCUACCAACUUUCACAGUCAUUUCUACUAUAAAAUUCCAGGGGUAAAACAUGGAUGAGUGUCAUGGUAAAUGUGGUCUGUGACAAUACAGUGUUUUGAAGCUGACCAGGAUGAAACUGGGGUGAGAGGGGCAUCAGAGAGGGCACAACCAGGCGGGGAAAGAGGCCUGCCACCUAGUAGCCAGCAAUGAUAUUUUGGCUGUACUUUCAGAGAGAAUCUAGUCCGGUUUAGGAUGGGGGGGGAUGCAAAGGGUUUGUUUUAACAACCCAUUUCCUUGGUGUUGCUGAAUAUAAUGUAAUGUAUUUAUAAUUCAGAACUGAAGGUUACCCAUUUUUCAUUGUCAGAAACUGUAAAAAGUAUACAUUUUCUACCAACAGAAUUAAGCAUGUCUCUGAGAUUUUUUUCUGUUCUUUGACAUUGUCAUUUUAAAAAUUUCAUAGCGUGUUUUGCUGACUUUAACAGAUUAUUCUGAAUACACCCAGAACGCAGGUGCAUGGAGAAAAGGGGAAAUGGAGAGAAGAUCAGACAAACAGAAUAUAUAGAAAACACACACAUGAUUUAGUUUAAUAAUUCUGUGUUGUAAAAAUCAGACAUAUACCACAGGAACUAUUAUUGUAGGAAUUCUUGAGGAGGUGUUUGUGGUUUCUUGAUGAAGCAACUUAAGGAUACAUCAGUGCAAUCCUAUGCAGUUGUACGCCGGCUUAGAUGGAUCUAACGAAGCAUAGGAUAGCACUGUUAAAACAAUUCAUGCUCAGUGGUUUAUUUAGUAGAUAUAUUUCAAAUGUUAAGACUGAGGACUUUCCCUGAAGACAAAACUAAGCAAAUAAACUUAAGUCUCCAUCAGGCAGCACUCGCUAGAUUUUACAGUUGCUUGCUUGGUAUAGAAACAAAUCAGUAAAGUGCAGUAUUUAAUAUAUGUAUACAUCGUACUCAUAGAAUCCUCAUUCAAGGAAGUUAGCUCAUACCCUCUCCCAUACCUUUAUAUAUACAGUGCAAGAUAAUUCUAGCAGAAUAAUAAUGUCAACCAAACUUUGUUUAUUCCCUUAAAACCUAUUUUUUCCCUAUUUGCAAGAUAAAUGGAAGCCCGAGGAGCAAAAAACAGCUUUUCAGUUAUCCAAGCAAUUGAAUCAUAAGUAGUCAAACCUGUAUGUACUUUUCUGAUAAUAUUUUAAUCCUAUCAGUACUUUGUGACUCUGUGUUGUAUACGAUUUGUAAAAUAAUUUCCUCAGGUUGGUAAAUAAAUAAAAUGAACACAUUAACUAAA